CUGCGCUCCCUGUGCCCGAGGGAGCCACGCGCCGCGUGCGCCCCGCAGCCCGCCGCCCGGAGGCAGCGCAGUCCUCUGGCAUGGGCCCCGAGGGCGCCCCAGGCUGGGCUCUGGGCUGAGGCGCUGAAAGCCGCCCUCCCGCCCGCGGGGCCCCGCGCCCGGCCCGCCCGCCCGCCCGCGGCCAUGGCCGUCCGGCCCGGCCUGUGGCCAGCGCUCCUGGGCAUGGUCCUCGCCUCCUGGCUCCGCGGCUCGGGUGCUCAGCAGAGUGCCACGGUGGCCAACCCGGUGCCCGGUGCCAACCCAGACCUGCUUCCCCACUUCCUGGUGGAGCCCGAGGACGUGUACAUCGUCAAGAACAAGCCAGUGCUGCUGGUGUGCAAGGCUACACCUGCCACGCAGAUCUUCUUCAAGUGCAACGGGGAGUGGGUGCGCCAGGUGGACCACGUGAUCGAGCGCAGCACUGACGGAAGCAGCGGCCUGCCCGCCAUGGAGGUUCGCAUCAAUGUCUCGAGGCAGCAGGUGGAGAAGGUGUUUGGGCUGGAGGAAUACUGGUGCCAGUGCGUGGCCUGGAGCUCCUCGGGCACCACCAAGAGUCAGAAGGCUUACAUCCGCAUUGCCUAUUUACGCAAGAACUUCGAGCAGGAACCGCUAGCCAAGGAGGUGUCCCUGGAGCAGGGCAUCGUGCUGCCCUGCCGCCCGCCAGAGGGCAUCCCCCCGGCCGAGGUGGAGUGGCUCCGGAACGAGGACCUGGUGGACCCAUCCGUGGACCCCAAUGUGUACAUCACACGGGAGCACAGCCUGGUUGUGCGACAGGCCCGCCUGGCCGACACGGCCAACUAUACCUGCGUGGCCAAGAACAUCGUGGCACGCCGUCGCAGCACCUCCGCGGCCGUCAUCGUCUACGUGGACGGCAGCUGGAGCCCGUGGAGCAAGUGGUCGGCCUGUGGGCUGGACUGUACCCACUGGCGGAGCCGCGAGUGCUCUGACCCAGCGCCCCGUAACGGAGGCGAGGAGUGCAGGGGCACCGACCUGGACACCCGCAACUGCACCAGCGAUCUCUGUGUGCACACCACUUCCGGGCCCGAGGACGUGGCCCUGUACGUGGGCCUCGUGGCUGUGGCUGUGUGCCUCCUCCUGCUGCUGCUUGUCCUCAUCCUGGUUUAUUGCCGCAAGAAGGAGGGGCUGGACUCAGACGUGGCCGACUCGUCCAUCCUCACCUCAGGCUUCCAGCCCGUCAGCAUCAAGCCCAGCAAAGCAGACAAUCCCCAUCUGCUCACCAUCCAGCCAGACCUCAGCACCACCACCACCACCUACCAGGGCAGCCUGUGUCCCCGGCAGGACGGGCCCAGCCCCAAGUUCCAGCUCACCAACGGGCACCUGCUCAGCCCGCUGAGUGGCGGCCGUCACACGCUGCACCACAGCUCACCAACCUCGGAGGCCGAGGACUUCGUCUCCCGCCUGUCCACCCAGAACUACUUCCGCUCCCUGCCACGCGGCACCAGCAACAUGGCCUACGGGACCUUCAACUUCCUCGGGGGCCGGCUGAUGAUCCCUCAUACAGGGGUCAGCCUCCUCAUCCCUCCAGAUUCCAUACCCCGUGGAAAGAUCUACGAGAUCUACCUCACGCUGCACAAGCCCGAGGAUGUGAGGUUGCCCCUAGCCGGCUGUCAGACCCUGCUGAGUCCCAUCGUUAGCUGCGGGCCCCCCGGUGUCCUGCUAACCCGGCCUGUCAUCCUCGCCAUGGACCACUGUGGGGAGCCCAGCCCUGAGAGCUGGAGCCUACGCCUCAAAAAGCAGUCCUGCGAGGGCACCUGGGAGGACGUACUGCACCUGGGUGAGGAGGCGCCAUCCCACCUCUACUACUGCCAGCUGGAGGCCAGCUCCUGCUACGUCUUCACCGAGCAGCUGGGCCGCUUCGCCCUGGUGGGAGAGGCCCUCAGUGUGGCCGCUGCCAAGCGCCUCAAGCUGCUUCUGUUUGCGCCCGUGGCCUGCACCUCCCUGGAGUACAACAUCCGAGUCUACUGCCUGCACGACACCCGCGAUGCACUCAAGGAAGUGGUGCAGCUGGAGAAGCAGCUGGGAGGACAGCUGAUCCAGGAGCCUCGUGUCCUGCAUUUGAAAGACAGUUACCACAACCUGCGCCUGUCCAUCCAUGACGUGCCCAGCUCCCUGUGGAAGAGCAAACUUCUCGUCAGCUACCAGGAGAUCCCCUUUUAUCACAUCUGGAAUGGCACGCAGCAGUUCCUGCACUGCACCUUCACGUUGGAGCGUGUCAGCCCCAGCACCAGUGACCUGGCCUGCAAGGUGUGGGUGUGGCAGGUGGAGGGUGAUGGGCAGAGCUUCAGCAUCAACUUCAACAUCACCAAGGACACGAGAUUCACCGAGCUGCUGGCUCUGGAGAGUGAAGGGGGGGUCCCAGCCCUAGUGGGCCCCAGUGCCUUCAAGAUCCCCUUCCUCAUUCGGCAGAAGAUCAUUACCAGCCUGGACCCCCCCUGUAGCCGGGGUGCUGACUGGCGGACUCUGGCCCAGAAACUACACCUUGACAGCCAUCUCAGCUUCUUUGCCUCCAAGCCCAGCCCCACAGCCAUGAUCCUCAACCUGUGGGAGGCGAGGCACUUCCCCAACGGCAACCUCAGCCAGCUGGCUGCAGCAGUGGCAGGACUGGGCCAGCCGGAUGGUGGCCUCUUCACAGUGUCGGAGGCUGAGUGCUGAGGCCAGCCAGGCCCCCAACGCCUACACUCUCACCAGCUUUGGAACCUGUCACCAGGGACAGGCAGAAGCCAGAUGGGGUCCCUCCACCACACCUGGGGGAGCGGUGUGGACAGGCCCCCUCCUAGCGGACACUGUCUCUUCACACUGGCCCUUCAGACCCUGCCCACACUCCCGCCCUUCCAUGGCCUGCCUGGCCAGGCUGGCACUGCCACCUGCCCCAAGGCCCAGGGUGGACAGUGCCAGGAGCCGGGCUGAGCCCAGCCCAUCUGUGUGUGUAUAUGUGUGUGGUGCUACCUCUCCUUCUGCCCCUGGCUGGGGGCCGCACACACAUGGCAUGCGCGCACACGCUGGCCUCGGGACGUAGCCCCAGAGCUCCUGCCUGAGCUGGACCUUAUGCAAACAUUUCUGUGCCUGCCGGGUAGGGGCACGUUUGAGGGGCUCGGCUCCAAGCCUGCGGGACUGAGGGCCACAGCCAGACGGGGGGCGGCCCCUGGAUUCAGGCACAUGAACCCCACAUGGGCACGUGCCCACGCAUGUCUCGUGCGUCAUCUCACACGAAUGCCCCCGCACACACAUCUCAUGCUGUACACCCGGAGGCCACUCACGUCUCUCACACCCGGUGUCAGUCCACAUCUGUCACAUGCUGCCCUGCUCCCACCCACCCAGGGACACCCAACGGCUCCUCCCUGAUCCUGCCCUGUCCCCAGCUGCGAGGAGCCCUGCCCGACGGGGCGUGUGAAUAUGCAACGGGAGUCCCGGGCUGGACAAUGGCGAGUGUGCGUGCCGUGGCGUGCCCGCCCUGGGGCCUGUCGUGCGAAGCUCGUGCCCUGACUCUGUCUUAAGUGCAUUCGCGCACUUACAUUUGGCCUUAUGUACACAGCCUUGCCCGGCCGCCGGGGCGCGUAGGGAUUUUAGCGGACGUGAAUGUAAAUAAAUUAUAUAUAUAUAUUGCUAA